AUGCAGCUGUCCCCUACUGAAGCGUCGCAGCCAAAUGCGUCGGAAGACGUAGCCGAGCCAAACUCAACAAGUCCUGAAAACAAUCUUGUUUCCCAUGCGGAUACGGCCGCCAGUCAAGCGCAGGCCCCUGCGCCACAAGCCCGGCAGGCCCCUGCGGUGAAUGGCGAACCUGCACCCACUUCAUCACUGUCUGUUCCUCUUGAGGAAAAGGUCAAGGAAAGCAGCGGUCGGAAAAUUUUUAGACGCAUGCUUCCGAGCAGCCUUGGUACGCACGCCGAUCGUGAACUCGCUCCGCCGCCGAACGCAGUUUCGCCACGUUCGCCCAACAUGGAGAAGUUCAACGUGCCCGGCACGGAUGCUGAGGAAUCCGCAUUGGCGGACUCUGUGGAGAGCAUGAAUUUGAAGUUUGACGGUUACUCGCCAAGCCCCACCCCGCCUGCUGAAUUCCGCUCCCGUCAAAAUUCGUUGGGGGGUAUGGAGCAUCCCAGUGCUACCUGUGGAAACCGCUUGACUACGACUGCUCUAAGCGACUUGGAUGCUAAGGUCAAGGUCUCUGGACCUGAAAAAGGCAAGUCGCCUGGUUCCGCUUUUCGAGACAUGAUUCUCAACAGUCCUAUGAUCCCUCGUCGAGGCUCCACCGCGAGUCACCGGUCCGAUGGCAGCGCUAGUGGCAAGUCGUCCAAUGCACAGAAGGACACGAAGAAGAAGACCGCAAAAGGGUCCAACUCCCCAGGCACUGGCACUGGCGAAGUAGCCAGUCUCAUGAAAAAGUACGGGACGUGCGAGCGUGUAGCGAUUGGCAAAGGGGCCACAGCGGUGGUUCGUAUCGCGCACAAAUGGGACGAGAGCAUUGAGAAGCUGUACGCCGUGAAAGAGUUCCGCAAGCGCCGCAAAAAUGAGACAGAGAAGGAAUACGUGAAAAAGCUCACUUCCGAGUUUUGUAUCUCCUCUACUUUGCACCACACCAAUGUGGUAGAGACUGUGGACCUUGUCCAAGAUGAUAACAGGCACUGGUGCGAAGUUAUGGAGUAUUGUCCAGGCGGCGAUUUGUACGCGGCGAUCAAGAAAGGUAACCUCACUGAGUCGGAGAUUCAGUCCUACUUUAAGCAGACUGUUAUGGGCGUGCAUUACAUGCACUCUAUGGGUGUGGCGCACCGUGACAUUAAGCCCGAAAACCUUUUGCUUGACGGUGCUGGUCAUAUCAAGAUCACCGAUUUUGGUGUCAGCGAUGUGUUCCGCAUGUGCUGGGAAAAGUCGACGCAUUACAGCAAGGGGCUCUGUGGCUCCGAGCCUUACAUUGCACCCGAGCAAUUUGAGCAGAAGGAGUACGAUGCUCGGCUUGUGGACAUUUGGGCUAUUGCGGUCGUGUUCUACACGAUGCAGUGUCAAGAGCUGCCAUGGAGGAUUGCAAAGAUGUCAGACCAAGCCUUUCAAGAAUUUGUGCAUUCCUACCUCAACACGACGAUUCCCAAGCCGUUGCCAAAUCUUUCGCCGCGCGAAUGCAGGCCUCUGCUGAAGAAGAUGCUUUGUCCUGAUCCGAAAAUGCGUAUCAUGACGGAAGAGAUUCUCAAGGAUACUUGGAUUACACAGAUCCCGAAUGAUGUGUCGCCAGGCUCGUCGUGA